AAAGAAAAACAGAACAGUAGAGACAAAAGGUGUCGGAACUCACUCGGUUUUUCUCUACGUCUCUUCUGUGCCUUUCUUGCUUGUUCAGUUCCACCGAAUUUUCUCCCUAUUUACGAUUUCUGCCCAUCUAUCAAGGGCUCCUUUUGAAUUGGACCUUUCGUCUGAAUCGGUCGCGUCGCCAGCCAGUUCAAUUCGGCCAUUCUUAAUAGAAGGAAAAUGCUGGUGCGGUGCCUGGGGGCCCGCCGAGUCCGCCAGAUCCAGCGCGCGAUUCGACACAGCACCGUCACAUUCCUCUGCCUCUUCCUCACAGUCGUUGUCCUACGUGGCACCAUCGGUGCCGGUAAGUUUGGCACACCCGGGCAGGACUUCGAGGAGAUCCGCGACCACCUCUACUUGCGCGGCCGGCGCGUCGAGCCCCACCGAGUCCUCGAGGAGGUCCAGCCAGACUCCGAGUCCGACCAGUCCAACAACUAUGCCACCUUUGAUAUUUCGAAAAUCCUCGUCGACGACGAACCCGACGAUCAAAAGCCCGACCCGAACAAGCCAUACAGUCUCGGCCCGAAGAUCUCGGACUGGGACCAACAGAGAGCCGAGUGGCUGAGAAACAACCCGGAUUUCUCGAACUUCACCGGACCCAAUAAGCCUAGGGUGCUCCUGGUCACCGGGUCCUCUCCGAAACCUUGCGAAAACCCAGUCGGUGACCAUUACCUAUUGAAGUCCAUUAAGAACAAAAUUGAUUACUGCAGGUUGCACGGGAUAGAGGUUUUCUACAACAUGGCCCUUCUCGACGCCGAGAUGGCCGGUUUCUGGGCGAAACUUCCGCUGAUUCGGAAACUCCUGCUGUCGCACCCCGAAAUCGAGUUCCUCUGGUGGAUGGACAGUGACGCAAUGUUCACCGACAUGGCGUUCGAGGUCCCCUGGGAUCGCUACAAAGACCACAACUUCGUUAUGCACGGUUGGAACGAGAUGGUAUACGAUGACAAGAACUGGAUCGGUCUGAACACUGGUAGCUUUCUGUUAAGGAAUUGCCAGUGGUCGUUGGACAUUCUUGAUGCGUGGGCUCCGAUGGGACCCAAGGGAAAAAUCCGAGACGACGCAGGGAAGAUACUGACCAGGGAGCUCAAAGGUAGGCCGGUCUUCGAGGCCGACGAUCAGUCCGCAAUGGUGUAUUUGUUGAUGAAGGAGAGGUAUAAAUGGGGAGAUAAAGUGUAUCUAGAAAACGCGUAUUAUCUCCACGGUUAUUGGGGGAUUCUGGUCGAUAGGUACGAGGAGAUGAUAGAGAACUACCAUCCGGGGCUCGGUGACCACCGGUGGCCGCUGGUCACCCAUUUCGUGGGUUGCAAGCCCUGUGGGAAGUUUGGCGACUAUCCGGUGGAGAGGUGCUUGAGGCAGAUGGACCGGGCGUACAACUUCGGGGACAAUCAGAUUCUGCAGAUUUAUGGGUUCACGCACAAGUCCCUUGCUAGUAGGAGAGUGAAGAGAAUGAGGAACGAGACCAGCAAUCCGCUUGAAGCGAAGGACGAGCUCGGGUUACUUCACCCUGCUUUCAAGGCUGUCAAGGUAUCAACGUCUUCUUCAAUUUGAUCUUCACUGCCACAUUACCCUUCCUCUGUUCCGCAUUUUGUCAAGUUACUGAUACGAGUCAAUGUUGUAUCUUUUUCCAAGUAAUGUCAUCUUUUUUGCUUUCUUUUAAUCUUUUGUGAGUUAGUGAUCGAGAACUAGAAAUUGUAUUGAUUUUUGGAAGAAAUUAUAGCCGUUCUUACUUGUA